CGCCCCACAUCCCGGGCUCAGGAGCGUCCGCUUGGCCACUGGGGUUCCGGCGGGUGGCGCCCAGGGCCACGCCCGGCUGGCUCCUCGCGCGGGAGGGGUACCCACUGGAAAGGUGGGAGAAUGCGGCGAGGCAGGCGCGGGUGAGCGCGGGCAGCCAUUGUGGCGUGCUCCCGCAGCGCCUACGUGGAGUCCGGCGCUGGGUCCAUGUGAGGGAAGCCGGGGCUCUGUGGACUCCUGGAACCGCGGCGGGAUGCUUUUUAGGAAGGAAGCCGAGCGUGCGCCUCGUCCAUCGCCGCGGACCAGUCGUGCCACAAUAAUUUCGUACAAAACUUACCGAUGGUGACAAAAGUUAGAAUAAUGGUUACCUCGGGGAUGGAAGAAGGGGCACGGGGGAACCUACUGGGAGCUGGAAACGUUCUGUCUCUUGAUCUGGAUCAGCUGAAAAACCCUGAGAAGAUAGAGGUAAAAUAUUGCCUCCCCUACAAUCUCUGGUGACAAUGAUGGGAUGUUAGUGACUGUAACAUUAAGAAAUCCUGGGACAUCUGACAAAAAACCAGCAGAAGUGGUCAAUAGGUUUAAAGUCACUGAUCAAGAGAUGAAAUGUAAUCCUGAAGAGUGGAAAAACAAUUCCAGGACAGAUGGAUGGCAUUGUAGUGAAGAUGAUGUCUACGAAAGACAUGGUUAAAGUAAUGAUUGUCAUGUUUGCAAUUUGUUUUCUUGCAAAAUCGGAUGGGAAACCUGUUAAGAAGAGAUCUGUGAGUGAGAUACAGUUCAUGCAUAACCUGGGCAAACACCUGAGCUCCAUGGAGAGGGUGGAAUGGCUGCGGAAGAAGCUGCAGGAUGUGCACAACUUUGUUGCCCUUGGAGCUCCAAUAGUGCACAGAGAUACUGGGUCCCAGAGACCCCGGAAAAAGGAAGACAACGUCCUGGUUGAGAACCAUCAAAAAAGUCUUGGAGAAGCAGACAAAGCUGAUGUGGAUGUGUUAACUAAAGCUAAAUCCCAGUGACUACGGAUAUACCAGAGCACUGCUGUAAACAGCAUAGGGCAACAAUAUUACAUGCUGCUAACAUUUUCAAGCUCUUAAGCUUAAUAAACAUCAAAAUUUACAUCUAAUCCAUUGCUAGCCAUGAUGGCUGAAAUUUAAUUGAUUAUUUUGAUUCUACUUUAAUUCAUUUAAAAGCUCUUUUAAUUAUUCUAUUUCUAUUGUUUAUUCUUUUUAAAGUAUGUUUUUGCAUAAUUUAUAAAAGAAUAAAAUUGCACUUUUUAACCUCUCUCCCAUCUUAUGAUGCAAAAUA